GUCACACAACACCCCGACACACAGGCUCAGACUCAGAGCACCGCCAGGCACCCACCCCCGUCUGCUGCAGCAAGGAGUCAUUUUACCUUCCUAUGACGUUGCGGAUCACUAUCUCUGCAUCUGCCUGGGCUCUAUGAUAUAGUUGUUCAGAGUGUUGGCCCUGAGGGAGUAAGCCGUUUCAAAGGCUGUAGUUGGGACCGAAAGGGACAACUACCUCCCGAACCAAGACCAAGGGAGAAAUCCCAAGCCACCUGUGACAUCAAGACCAAGAUCAAGAUCAUAGAUACAGUGAACACUGCUCUCAUUCACGUGGAUCCAGGUGUCAUGGCCUCAGCAUCUAGCACAAGCGCUAAGAACCUUUUUGUCGACUCAAAAACUCGUCUGGCUGAACGAGUUCAAGUUAAUGUUAACAACAUGGGCUCCAUCUGCCGACAGGUUAACCGUGGAUCUCAGUCAGCUGAUAUGCUCACCCAUUCUGCCCGGAACAUGGCUCUUCAGGAGCAUGCACUCAAGAGCUCAGAGGAAAAUUUACACAGGCUGAACAUCCUGCUGACACAUCUUGGUUACCAGCAAGAAUCCAUUCAGCGGUCAGCACAUGCCCUUGAGAAUGUGAAGGAGCAGGUACAGUACCAGGUGAGGGACAUGCAGCGUUAAGACCCAUCGAUUGGAAAGAGGAGAGAACCAGUAAAUCAACAAGAAAUAAACAAUUUACCAGGGACAUUAGUUGAAAGUGAAGAUGAAAAUUAACCUUGAAUUUAGGGGAGGAGCUGAACUCCUAGUGAAUAAUGUGUCACAACA